UCUCUAGUGCUGCAAUUAUUAUAACAAAUCCAUCAUCCUAUUAUUGACCAAAUUGAACAUUUGAGAAAACACUAAGAUCGUGAUAACCAUGGCAAGUACUAAUAGAAGCUUAAUCUUUGCAACAUUAAUGCUUACUACAUGCAUCUUAAUGUUAGGAAUUUCCGGUCAAUUAGAAUGUGGUGGUAACUUGAAUGGAAUUGUAACCCAAUGUAGACAAUAUGUUGAAUUCAGUGGGCCAAUAGUUCAACCAUCAGAAGCUUGUUGCCAAGCAUUGAAUGGUGCUGAUAUUACAUGUUAUUGCAAAUAUGCAACCCCUCGUAUUGAAAGAAUGAUUAGCAUGGAAAAAGCAAUGUUUGUAGUUAAUUCUUGCCAUUGCAGAAAUAUUCCUACCGACCAAUGUGGAAGUUAUACUAUUCCUCAUCCUCCUCCUGCAAAAGCGUGAGGACAACAUUGGACGCAUGCAACUUGUGUUAUAGCUUGACAUCCAUUAUCUCUAUGAAAUUAUGAAUAAAAUGAUGAUACAAGCCAAUGCGUCUUUUCUAAUAUUUAUUUGUGAAUAAAUUGUAUUUGGCAUGUUUCCUUUAAGUUGUAUUACCUGAGUUCAAUGACUGAUCUCAGUGUUAUUAACUUAAAAAAUGUCAAAGUUUAAUUUCCCUCUUAAUUGCUUUAAUUUUAUUUUCUCAA